AUGAAAGCAACCCUAGCCCACCGCCACUCCACCUCCACCGCAAGCAAUCACCAGACUGUUGCAGCUGCUGUCCGCCGCACAAAGCUGUCGGCGCCACAGCUUUAUCAAGCAGAAAGCAGGCUUUUGCUCUCCCAUCAUAUCCCUCCCCCCACACACUCCCUCACUCGCUCACCCCCACCGCAUGCGUCGUCGUCGUCGUCGUCGGGUCGGGAUGUCACACGAUCAAUUAUCAAAGAAAAGAAACCGGCGCGCGAAAGGCAAAAAGUCGCAACGGCCAAGAAUGUGCAAUUCUUGGACUUACAUACAUCAUCAUAUUGUUUCUGCUUUACAUCAUACAUCAUCAAUCCAUACUAUAGUGCUGCUACUACUACUACUACCUAUUACCUACAUCAUACCCCACCAACCCAACCUAGAGUAGAGUAA